ACUAUUGUGCCUAAUUAUGUAGUUCCCCCAUUAUGAUUUCAUUGCAGGGCCUGAAAAGUAGUGCUGGGCCUGAUCUCGACCAAUUCUGGCCUGAUAUGAAUCCAGACCAAGGUCAUGAUUUUGGACAGCACAACUUGUAUCGUGUGAACAUUCCACAUACAUUGGCCAACACGAUGGCCCCAGUGACCCUUCAUGGAGGUGGUGUGGGCUAUAAAAGGACUGCAGAAGAAGCCAAGUUGGAGUCCCCUUCUUAUUACUCUGAACAGAAGCCCCACAUGAUGGAAUCAUUGGGGCAUGAAAGGGGACAAAGUAUGACCAAUGUUGGUGUGUGUGGUAUGAAUGCAGCACAUCAACAGUCAGAUUCCCAACAAACUCCAAGUACAAGUGAUGGACAGAGUGGACAGAAAUCGGGACCUCCUAAUGGAAAAAAGACAAAAGGACGGGUGAAAAUCAAGAUGGAAUUCAUUGAUAAUAAAUUACGAAGAUAUACUACCUUCUCCAAGAGAAAGACUGGAAUCAUGAAGAAGGCGUACGAGCUAUCGACAUUGACGGGGACACAGGUGAUGCUUCUCGUGGCCAGUGAGACCGGCCACGUGUACACCUUCGCGACGAGGAAGCUCCAGCCGAUGAUCACAUCCGAGGCCGGGAAGGCCCUCAUCCAAACCUGCCUCAAUUCUCCUGACCCUCCUGGGUCUGGAUCGGGAUGCGGCGGGGGCGAACUUCGUCCCGGCGGAGACCAACGCAUGGCACCCGGGGGUUACGAGGAACCCGAGCUCUCCUACAGUGUCGGCACAGACGAUGAACAGGCCAAAGACGAGGAAGAAGAGGACGGCGAUGGGGAGGAGUACGGCGACGGGGAGUCACGGAGCGGGAGUCCCGCGAAUGGGAGCGGGUCCGAGGACUCGCCACCGCCCGAAAGGGAAAGGGACCAACGAGGGAUGACUCAUUCCUGGACCAGUAAUCUGAAUCCCCCGCCCACGACCACGAACACGACCACGCCGCUCAGGAUUGCCGCCACUCCCAAGGGACUCGUCGUCCUCCCGCCCCACACCGGCACAGGUAUCAUCACGCCCACCCACCUUCUGUAGUGGCAUCGGGACGGAGAAGGCCAGCAAAAAAGAUGCGGCAGGAGAGAACGCAAGCCCAUCGGGGUGCAGCGUGACCAUCACGAGCCACCCGUCGUCAUCGUCCUCGUCGUCGUCCCCGACGACUUCCUCGGCGCCGGGGGGUUUGCCCGGGUUGCUUCCCAUCGCCUCGGCCCAGCCGCCCAUGAUGCUCUUCAAUACCCCACCCACCCUCUCGGCUGCUUCUUCGUCCUUCGAGCAUAUCUUUCUGCCUUUCCAAGGGUCGGGCGGAUCGAGUCAAGGGAUCAUCACGAUCCCCAUGGCGGUGCCAUUAUCGUCUGGGACUUCCAGGACUUCUAGUGGGAAAUGAUCCCCUCUUCCACCCCGUCGCAAGAUUGGUGCUAGAUCUGUUAUUUAUGAAAAAAUAACUGUGUUCAGACUGCGUAUAGUUUUAUCGUUAUAUUCCCGAUCGUGAACCGAUGCCUUGAGUGCCUGCAAUAACGAGGAAGCAAAUUGCAUUUAAUGCGCCCUUUUGGUCCAAGUACGCCUCGCUCUUUCAUUGCUUAUCCGGUGUGGCUGAGGUUUCUCUACAGAAAAAAAAAGCAACUUUUCAUCAUUUGGUGUCUUUGGUGUUUUUGACCGAAAGCAAUCCAUAGUCACGGAGACGUUGGGGCCAAGUUGUAGCAAGAGUCGUUUGGUUUCCCUGUAUGUUUUUACUCAUCCGGCAUCUUCAGCAGAGAGAGUGCCAUUCCUCAAUCCUUUUAUGUACCAACUGAUUGUGUCACGAUUGAAUAACAACUUUUUGAGCUGAAUAACCCGAAGA